CUUUCCAGCUGCCAAAAUUUGUAUCAUGGCCGACGACUGGCCAAGUCACCGUUUUUGCAAACUCUAGAUAAAAUAAGUAUUUUUUUUGAAACUUUUUAGGAACAUUGUUUAAACUAAUUGCAACAAAAUGGAGAACUUCUUUCCGAGUAUGUGGAAGGUCCGCGAGUUGGCUGAUAAAGUUACGAACGUAGUAAUGAACUAUACAGAAGUGGAAGCGAAAGUUCGAGAAGCCACAAAUGAAGAACCUUGGGGACCUACAGGACAAAUAAUGCAAGAAUUAGCUCAUUCCACUUUCACAUACGAACAUUUUCCAGAAGUUAUGUCUAUGCUUUGGAAACGAAUGCUUCAAGAUAACAAACAACAUUGGAGGAGAACAUACAAGUCAUUACUCGUUCUAAACUACCUAAUAAAAAAUGGUUCAGAAAGAGUAGUCACAUCAGCAAGAGAACAUAUCUAUGAUCUUAGAUCUUUGGAAAAUUACACAUUCAUAGAUGAUAUAGGAAAAGAUCAAGGAGUUAACAUUAGACAUAAAGUAAAAGAACUUAUCGAUUUUAUACAAGAUGAUGAUCGCCUAAGAGAAGAAAGGAAAAAGGCCAAAAAGAAUAAGGAUAAGUUUAUUGGAAUGAGUUCGGAUACAUUUGGAAACAAAUUUGGUGGCCGUGAUACCUGGGACGAACGACCCUACACAAGAGAAUCAGAAGAUUGGGACGACACGUCCAACUCAACUAACCGCUACAGGGAUAAAUCGUACGAAGAAGACUACGAUGUCGAGAAAGAAGACAGCGAUUCGGAGUCUAAAAAUAAUAGUUACAAUAAUAGUAUUAAAAAAUAUCAAGAUACGGAGCUAUCACAAAGUCCGGUGCACGUCGACAAACGCGUCAAUAUUAAUAUUAACACUUCUUUGAACAAUUCACCUAAGAAAACGAUCAAACAGAUAAAGAAGGUCGAUCUGGGUGCUGCAGCUAACUUCGGAAGAGAUGCGAGUCAGAGUCCUCUACCUCCAACAGGAAGUAACUUGCUAAACGAUGACUUUGACCCCAGAGCUAACGAACCACCAAACGACGUCAAGGUAUCGUCUGAAUUCGGAGAUUUUGAGACUGCUUUUGGAGGAUCUACGGAUUCUCCCCAAAAAGAAGAUAAUUUCGCCGAUUUCAGCUCCGCCUUCUCUAAACCACCAAGCCAAAACGCAUCACAAUACUCUGCUAUACCAAAUUUGCUGGGAACCACUCCGGACUCAACUCCCGCAUUAAAUAAUUCUAAUUUACUCCUCGGUAACUCUCCUCCCCAAAAUUUGUUAGCAGGACCUCCUUCCAAUUUCGGUGCUAGUACCUUUGCGCCCGUUUCGAAUUUGCCUCCAACUCCAGCUCCGAUGUCCACUCCACAAAGCAAUAGUGAUUUAUUAGGCGAUUUAGACUUUGGAUCUCUCAGUAUGGAACCUACUCCAAUUAAUGUUCAGAGUAACAAUAAUUAUGGAUUGCUAGCAAACAACACUAACGACUUUAUGAGCGCAGAUUCGGAGCAAAAGAAAACCGAAGGAGUGUUCAAAAAACAGUUGAUUGCUAGCUCUCAGAGACCAAGAAAAACCAAAAUAGAAAAGGAACUCGUGCACAGACUAUCCAGCUUUGUUGCAAAUUCAAAAGAAAAUCCCAGAUUGGCAACCCAGGAUCAAGUAGAUGGCGUAUUACAAGAAAUCGAAGAGAUUCACAAACUACUGCCUGGACCUUUGACGGUGCAAAGAUUGUUAGAGGUGGACGCAGAUGCUUUUAGUGAAAGUGUUGAAGCUCCAUACGUGGCCUUUUUGGAAGCCUUUAUCAAUUACUUUGAUAGAAAUUUUCCAUUUAGAGACGGAAAGCUGUACGAGCCUAUAAAAACUUUGUUGUCAGUUGAAGACCAUCGAUUUUUUAAUCUUAACUUUAAAAUAUUUGCCAGAUCAUUAGCCAUCAAGGAAAAGGAGGCUGUUGUUAAAUUGCUGUUGGUAAUUUUGGAUUCUGAAGGUUUUUUCGAUUUUAUUUUCCGGCAUUCUUUAAUACUCGAUUUAGAAAAUUUCAGGAAAGAGGAGAAUUUUGAUAACUGGAAAAAUUUUGUUAAUCUUGUGAUUUCACUGCCCAAUAGAGUUUCCAACACGUUAGAGGGACGCACUCCCAGAUUUUUUGUUAUUAAAAACUAUAUCAACUACUUGCUAUGGACGUUUUUGAAAAAUUUGGAGUUUAUUUCAGAAAUGAUCACCAGGGAACCCCAAACCGAAAAAAAUAUUAAUUUUGACAAUAUGUCGACCUUUUUGAGUAAAGUAGUGAUCGAUUUUAAUGAGAAUUGUACCUCUGACGGAAUUAAGUUAUUUAUAGAAGUAAUAGCGAUAUUAACAAAUAAACAGUCGUCUAAAACGCACAUUUACCAUCGCGUAGUGAACAAUAUUUUUAAAAAUCUAAAUCGUUCUGCUGUAUACAUUUUAUCUAAAAUGCUGUUCCUAAAUAUAGAUCCAGAAAAAUAUUUAAUUAAGAACAUUCUUAGUAAAGAUUUAAUCAAAAAUGAAACGUGGAAAUUUGUUUUGUGUACAAAAAUACCACUGCUCACUCAUUUUCAGAAAGAAUACAAAAAUUUGAUUGUAAAUUUAACUGUAUAUAUCAGUAGCAGUGAUCAUUUUCUUGUAGUAAAACUAUUACUGGACCUAAUAACAGUUUGGGCGGACAAGUCAGCUGUUAAUCGUACUAGUAUUGAACAACAGGUGUUCAUAGCUCAGUUUAUAGUGUAUCUUCUAAAUUCGAUUCAAAAUAUAGGUUUGAGUGAGCACGAAAUGUCCAAAAUAAAGGAAAAGGUGUUUUCUGGGAUACCUAUCCACUUAGAAUCUAACGUGGAAGUUGUCAGAUCCUGCGGCAUGAAAAUAGGCGAGAUUGCUCUAAAUUUCUUAACCAAAGAAAGCAAGACUGAUCCCGAAGCUGAGCUGAAGUUCGAUUAUGAUAGUUUAAGUGAAGAGAGCAAGAAUAUUGUCAACAAUUUGCAAUCCAUUUGGGACACUGAUAUCCAACGUUACUUUAAGACAAAAAACGAAUUCGAAAAGACUGUGAAUGAUCUUCUAGAACAAUUAUCAAAUAAAGAAGAUAAAGAAAUAGAAUAUAUCCCUCCAGAACGAAGAUUUCGAAAUAAAUCAAAACUAGAAGAGCCUAAAAACGAAAUUACUAUAUCUAAAUAUAAAACUGACAGUAGGAUUAAGAUUAUCGACAGUACAGAUUUUCAAUUAGACUCUGAUGAUGACUUAGAGCCCUACGAUUUGUCGAACGAUGUUAAAGUUAACAAAAAGAACCCUCCUGCAUACCUGAGGGAUCUGAGAGAAGGUUUACUAGAGACUGAAGACGGUGAAGCUUUCACCUUGAGCCUGCAGGAAUGUGAAAAACUAGUUUCUGCUCAAUUACCUGAUGAUGAUGCCAGUAUAGGUCUGGAAAUUUUGGAAAUAUUAAUAUCUCUAGAACCGAAAUUCUAUUUAGAGAAUUUUGAUGAAUUAGUCUUUCAAAGUAGUGUCACCAUAACGACAGUCUACCCUUCAUAUUAUGCUGAAUAUUUGUGCAAGCAGGUUCACGCAGAAGUAGGGACGUAUUCGAUUUCUAGAAGAGUGUUCAUGUUGAAUGUGUUGAGACAAGCCGCGAGGAAUCUGUCAGAAAUCAAAAUUCAGGAAGAACCACCCAAAAAGAAAUCCAAAAUGAAGCAAGAUGUAGAGAAUGCUGAAGAAAUUAUAAGGAAACGAUUAGAAAGUAAAACGAGAUACUUUAGUAAGCACAAAAUUAUCAAAAAGGAACAGGUAAAUAAGUUUACUGAAGCAGCUGGGUAUUUUUUCUUUCCUCUUUUAUACGGCUAUACACAAAACAAGAUGUUGUCGCAAGAUUCCCAAACCGACAGCGAUUUUGUGUUUUUGAUAUACUUCAUAGAAACCUUAGCUGUAGUAAUGUGUGCUUCUCGAAAUUGCCCCGUAGCCCCUCGUAUGGCCAAAGAGAUCUUUCACUUUUCUUGGUUUUUGAGGUUCCAUAAGGAGGUCAAAGUGCGUAUGGCCGUUUUGAGCCUCAUCGCUUCUGCUGUUAUGAACGUUCCUCAGAGUAUUUUAGUUAGAGAUUUCAUCAACGAGUUGUUUGAAAUCCGUCUGUGGUUGUCAGAUCUGUUAGGUCCUAAUGUUGCUAAAGGGGAACCGAAUUCGGAAUGUCGGAAUUUGGCAGCUUGUACGAUCGUUCUUAUAGAAGGAGUUCUUAAAGUUGACACAGAUAACGAGGAGACCGUUUAGUAUGUUUGUUGUAUAAAUCAGUUAGAUGCAAGCCAUUCACGCCACGGUUCUUAUUUAAUUCGUGAUU